AUGGCGGCCACCUCAAAGAACUCGUUCCUUGACAACCUCUCGCCGAAGGGGCAGCUCACCGCCCACCAGGCGCUGAAGACCGCUCAGGCCACCUCCUUCAUUCUUCCUCCCGCCUACCUCAUCUACAGCAUUGGCAAGGGCCAGGGCCUCUACGUCCGCAAGUGGAUGGGAUUCAGCAUUGCCAGCGUCCUCGCCGGAGCGGCCAUUGGUGUCGGAAUUGGUUACGCGCGCACCAGCCAAGAGUCGGACAUCGAGGCUGCGGCUCAGGUUACCUCGCUCGUACGUAUUGACCAGCUGCACUCGCAUUCUCGAGCUGACGAACAGAGGCACAACAAGAGUGAGAUCGAGAAGGAUGACUGGUCUAUCAUCGGCGCCUUUGUUGGUGGUGUUGCUACCCCGGCUAUUUUCCUUCGAAGGGCACCCCUCCCGCUCCUCGUCCUCGGCGGUGCCAGCAUCGGACUCGGCGUCGGAGCUGCCUCUCACGUCAUCAGGGACUACUCCGAGAGGAACACUAAAGGCAAAGCACAGAGACUCGAUUCUAAUCUUACAGUUAACUCGACAAACUCGAGACAUUCUGUGCCCGCCGGAGGAGAAGCCCCUCGGAUCAAUCGUAUCACUUCCCUUCGCCGCCCGCCUCGCCGCGUCGCUCCCACUGACAUCACCCUCGCCAGUCACCAACAGUUGCCACCUCAUCUCACUUCCUUUUCCUUACUCACCUCAGUCGUCCUCAUCUGGCCCUUACCAAGGUUGGCACCCGUGUCACAACCAAUGCCAACCGCAUUGCGGAGGCGUUCCCGUACCACUUCCCCCAGGAUUCCCUUCAGCUCCGCAGACGAUGCCCGGGGCUUGGGUACCUGUCGCGGCGCCGGCCAAGCCAAACGAGGCGCUGCUGAGACGGAUCUUCACUUCUCCGAGAUUGCGACGAACGAUGCAGACACGGAGCCCGACUCGACGCAGCUGGAGCUCAUCGAGACCUGGCUCGCAGACAAGGACUACGAGAAGGAGAUCAUCGGUGUUCUGAAGGAGCGUCUCGACAGCGGGUGGCCGUUCAACUACAAGGCUCUGCUCGUGUGCAAGAAGCUGAAGGACGCGCAAGCGAUCGACUUUAUCGACAAGGUCACGCCUCUGACCAAGAUGGGGAACACGACGCAGGGUGCGACCCAUGUGCGGAAGGAGGCGAAGCCUCUGCUCGACCGCGCGACCAAGGCCAAAAACGCAAAGGAGGCGGAGGAGGCGAAGAAGCGCCAGGAUGCCAUCAUGACCAUGUGGGGCGGGCUGUGGCACGACCAGCCUCAACAGCGUCCAACGACGCUCACGUUCCCGGUCAACGCCCUGCCGCCGGGCUGGACCUGGCCCUACUCGUCCAAUCCGCCGGGAUACAUGCCGGCACCGUCGCCGUGGGUCGGGAAGGGGCCGGACGGGUGGACCGGGGCCAAAGUCGCCGCAAACGAACAGAACAUUCCCUUCUCCAGAACGCUGUUCACCGCCAUGAAACCGGACAAACCUCCCGAUAGCAACGACGGCGUCAUCCUCAAGACAGAUGGCAAAGGGAAACAGGCGUAUCCGGAGGGGGUAUAA